AUGCAUUUCUCAAGUCCUCGACGACUUCUGCUCUUGGCCGCGACCGCGUUGCCACAGCUUGCCCUCGCCGUGGACGAUGUCGUGCACCUCGACUACGCAUCAUAUGAAGGCGUCUCUGGCGACAACGGCAUAUCAAAAUGGCUUGGGAUUCGUUAUGCCGCACCUCCAUUGGGAAACCUCCGCUUUGCCGAACCACAGGAUCCCGAUUUCGAACCAUCGAAAGUGGAUGCAUCAGAACAUGGCCCGAUCUGUCUAGACACCAAGGCAACCAUGCCCGAAGGCAAGUCGAGUGAGGAUUGUCUAUAUCUCGACGUGUACGCUCCUUCCAGCGCAUCAUCGCAGAAGAAGCUUCCUGUAUACGUCUUCCUCCAGGGCGGUGGAUUCCAAGCCAACAGCAAUUACAACUACGAUGGGACUGGUUUGAUCUCCGCCAGCAACGAUGGCAUUGUCGUCGUCACAUUGAACUACCGUGUCGGGCCAUACGGUUUCUUGGCGAGCAAAGAGGUAGCCAAGGGAGGUUCGCUGAACAACGGUCUCAAGGAUCAGCGCAAAGCCUUGCAAUGGGUCCAGAAAUACAUCAGCAAGUUCGGCGGUGAUCCCAACCAUGUCGUCCUUGGAGGUGCUAGUGCCGGCGCGAGCAGUGUUACUCUUCACCUCACCGCCUAUGGAGGUCGCAACGACGGCCUCUUCGUUGGCACCACUUCCGAAUCUCAAGCCAUGGGAGUUCUGCUGAACGUCGACCAAUCCCAAUUCGUCUACGACGCGCUCGUCUCUCGCACUGGCUGCGGCAAGCAUUCUGAUACUCUGGGCUGUCUCCGUGGUCUCAGUACGGACGCUCUCCAAUCCAAGAACAUUGUCAUCCCGUACUCCGGGAACUCCGAGGCAGGUCUCUAUAUUUACGGCCCCACCAUCGAUGGCGACCUCAUCCAAGAUUACACGCCCAACCUCCUCGCCGCAGGGAAAUACAUCCGUGUCCCGGCCAUCUUCGGUGACGACACCAACGAAGGCACCGUCUUCACCCCUCGCAACACCAGCUCACAAAGCGACUCGAGCAGAUUCCUCAAGAACAACUUUCCCGAUUUGACCUCGGACCAGCUCAGUCACAUUGCUCAGAUGUACCCUGUCGACAACACUCCCUCCUAUUCCAACUCCGGUCGCUACUGGCGCCAGGCGGCGAAUGCCUUUGGCGAGUUGCGAUAUGUCUGCCCGGGGCUGCUGUUCACGCGCACGUGGGCCAAGAACGUGCCGGUGUGGAACUACCGCUGGAACGUCGUCGAUCCCGCUACCGAAAGCGAAGGCUACGGCUCCUCCCACACCAAAGAACUCGCCGCCAUCUGGGGCACGCCCUACAUCACCGGCAGCAUCCCCGCGAGCUACGGCUCCGGCGGCGUCAACGCCCCCGUCGCCGCCAAGAUCCAACAGUACUGGAUCAGCUUCAUCAAGACCCUGAACCCCAAUUCCCUCCGCCAACCCGGCAGCGCCGCCUGGACGCCCGUCCUCGCGAGGAACUUCGCCACCAGAAACCUCUCCCCGAGACGCUUGCGCUUCGACACGGGCGAUUCGGCGGUCAUGGAGGGUGUCCCUGCGGAUCAGCAGGCGCGUUGUGCGUAUUUCGACGGGAUCGCGCUGGGGUUGAAGCAGUGA